UUCAGAUUCCGAACUGGUCCUGGUGUAAUUCCGGAACAUGUGCCAAAAGAUACAGAGAACCUGUUGCUCAUACUGAAUGGCCGGGAACCAGAUAAAGUUCAGUUUGCUGAAACCUGGCUCAAAUCCCUGCAUAAUCUGUCUCAGCUGCGUAAUGUUGGCCUGGUGUUGCUAGGCAACGAACAGUGCAAUAAUUCCUGGCUUCACAAUUACAUGCACUAUAAUGGCGGACUGGUGAAAUUUGUGUUCUUGGUGUACGACAGUCCUGAAAUAGACAACGUAAAUUUCUACCAAUGGCCAUUAGGGGUUGCCACGUACAGAGACUUUCCAACUGUAGACAGCUCCAAGCUACCUGUACAUAUCCGUAGACAAUAUUCCUGCAACUUUUUUGGGACCAUUUACAAAAAUUCAUCACGAGAAACUUUAAUGAAAAUUUUAGAGGGAGAUUUCUUCAGAGAAAAAUGUUUGAUCAAGGCUAGAAGACAGUGGUUGCCCCUGGAGACAGACGAGACAAGGGAGCAGUUCAUACAAGCAUUAUCUCAGAGCGAUCUCACACUAAACCCGGUUGGUGUAAACACGGAGUGCUACAGAAUAUACGAGGCUAUAACAUAUGGUUCCAUUCCAGUUGUGGAGGACAUCAUGACCCCUGGCAAUUGUGGGAAAUCUAAAAACUCAAAUACAUUUCCUUUGCGUCUGCUCAAAGAAAUGGAUGCACCAAUUAUUUAUAUCAAAGACUGGUCAGAAUUGACUAAAAUUUUAGAAAAUGAGAAAAAGUUGCGACAUAGUGAAGUAGUGAAAAGGAGGAGAAAUAUAUUACUAUGGUAUGAAAGUUUUAAAUCUAAAAUGCGACAAAAACUGAUUGGAGCUAUUAACAGACAUUUCUUUGGCCUAAACAGAUAAUGUUAAUAGAAGUUAGAUUUAUUUAGUUUUAUUUUUGUAAUAAAAUCUCAGUUAAGUGUGAUUCAAGUUUGUACAAGAGUUUGUAUAUUGAAAAUCUCUCAUCUAUACUCAAAACUGAGUCAGUCUGUAUGUGAUUAUUUUAUAGUUCUAUUUAUUUAUUAAUAUUUUUAUUUUAAUUCAUAAAUUCUAUAAAAUAAAACUAAAAAACACUGAGUUUCAAGUUCGGUUAGUAAGGUUGUAAGUUUUCUAAAUAAAACUCAUUCAUAUGACUUGUAAUUUGAUUUAGAGAUGGAUGAUUUGAUUGUAAGUUAUAGCUAUUCUUAUUUUACAUGUCCAUACAUGUCAUACGUCCCGGAUUGUCCGGGAUUGUCCCGGAAAUCACAUACUCGUCCCGGUGUCCCGGACAGUGUUGAAAUGUCCCGGAAAAUUAAAAAUACAGAAAAACAAAAAUAACCCCCCAAAAAACUAGUUUUUUUGCCGAUAAAUUGUUGAAUUUUACAUGAAUAAAACACAAUAAACAGUCACCGGUGUCACAUUGUUUAUUCCUAAUCAUCCGAUAAUCAGUUUCAUGCCCUCGAGCGGGACACAUGUUGAAAGCUAGCUCCGAUCACCACUCAUAUUGUGCACUGCGAUCUUUUGAUGACCCAGAUUAAUUUACAGUCAGCUAUUUUGAUGACCCUGAUUAUGAAUUGACAAAAUUAUGCAAUCAAUAACAGUUUUAUGAUAAUUUAAUAUUAGGAACAAUAGCCGAAAAUCUCGUUGUUGUUAGCACGUAGGCAGUGAAGCUACAUGUAGCCUUGAUUGGAAGAAAUGGCUGAUAACGGUCAAUUAAACGAUAAAUAUUUUAAAAGGUUGUAAUCUUUCAAAAUGAUGAUUGAUUGUCACACAUAUUCUAAAUUAAACUUUUGACUACUGAAUGCCUUUGCCGGCCGAUCCUUGAAAAUUGACCCAACCUGAAAUAUUUUAUAUCGAUUUUAUCUACAAGAUUUAUUUAUUUCCUUUAAGGAUACCAUUUUAUUAAUGAUUAGGUAAACUUUUAAGCUUUAAAAAGAUACCAAAUAAGCUGGAUUCUAAAUCACGAUGACCAGGUUAACUCUUCGUAUAUAGCAAGUCUCCCAAUUCAGUUCACCUCGGGAACGCAACCAAUUCACGUGCCGAACUAUAGACGUAAAUUACCCUAUUUACCUCCCAUAGAAAGCUAAACGACAUUUGCAACAAAUUAUUCCUAAGCGAGGGAACAAUGUUUAUCUCUGGAAACUGCAUAUAAUUUUAUGAUAUUUAUGCAUGAAACAGACGAAUACUAAUGUCACGGUGUAUGUCCCGGACAAAGGGUAAAAAUCCCGGAAAUUUUAACUCAGAAUCCCGGAAAGGUCCGGAAAAAUUAUGGCAUGUAUGUACAUGUCUGUUAAGGUGCUGUUAAUAUCAUUACAAUGAUUGUCAUGCUUGCUUGUAAAUUCAGUAUUUCUCUAACGUAUCUAGGCAUAUGUACAGUUAACACAUUUGUUCCCUUGGAAAAGCAGAAAUGCAGAGGGUUUGUUAUAAGAAUUGGAUAUCCUUCAAGUGGUGAACUGCAGAUGCGGUAUUUUCAUGAAUGGCACAGUUGCCUAUUGUAGACAAAGUGAAUUUGGCUAACGUCUCCUAUACUUUAAACAGCAUUAAAGUGUUUUCACAUUAGUGUAAUGCCAAGAUUAUGUAAAGGCUAUCUUUCACUUCCAUGUGAUAAAUAUGUUCUAUGUGCUUGAUGGAGUGUAUAUCAAAAUCCCCUUGAUCAAAAUCCCCUCCACUGAAAAAUGACUGGGUGUUACAAAAUCCCCUUCACACAUUUGCAGGGGGUAUCAUAAUCCCCUCUGUGAUUAACAUUAUAGAUAUAUAGAUGUCAGUGCUACAAAUUAUAUUAUGUUUGCUAAAGGCAUUUUAUUUACAUGCUUUAUGCAAUAGACUUUUAAGUUGUAUAUAGUUGUAUUUGAACUUGAUGAAAUAAGUAAAAAUCACAGAGGGGAUUAUGAUACCCCCUGCAAAAGUAUGAAGGGGAUUUUGUAACACCCUGUCAUUUUUCAGUGGAGGGGAUUUUGAUCAAGGGGAUUUUGAUUGUCUCCCUGCUAUGGUAUAUGUGAUAAAUACGUAUUUUUCAUAACAUAGGUAUCUUUUUAGCUCACCUUAGCCAGAAGCUCAUGGUGACCUUUUGUGACCGCUCAGUGUCCGUCGUCAGUCGUGCGUCCGUCAACAUUUUCUAAAAAAAUCUCCUUGAAAACCACUGGGCAGAAUUACACCAAACUUAAAUGGUCGUUUGGUGGUCCCCUUUCAAAAUUGUUCAAAGAAUUUAAUUCCAUGCAGAACUCUGGUUGCCAUGGCAACCGAAAGGAAAAACUUUAAAAUCUUCUUGUUCAAAACCGAAAGGCAUAGAGCCUUGAUAUUUGGCAUAUGACAUCAUCUUAUGGUCCUUUAUCAAGAUUGUUCAAAUUGUGCCUCUUGGGUGAAAAGAGGCCCCACCCCGGGGGUCACAAGUUUUACAUAGACUUACAUAGUAGACGUGCAGGCUGAUCUUGGUCUGCACUGGUCGCAAAGGCAGAAUAAUAUUAACUUGCCGCCAGCAGGCUAAAGGCUAAAUAGUAUUGAAAGUCUUAUGAAUGUUUCUAAUAUUGCCUACCAUUAUAAUUCAGUAAACCAGUGUAAAAUAAGAAAUAAGAAGUUACAAACCUUUCAGCUCCUUAAUAAUACAAUUAAAAGGUCAUGACCCUGAAUCAAAGUGUUACAGAAUAGCAUUCUGUGAUAGCUAUACAUAACUGCCAUUCCUUAUACAGGUAUAUGCCAUGUAUUACACAUAGACUUGCAUGCAUUUCAAACUUUCAUGAUUAGAAACAGUCUUGUCUUUGAACAUUGUAACAUGUGUUACUUAAAUUUAUAUACUGUUAAUCGUGAUUACCUAAAACACUAAGCUAUUAUUUUCAUUUUUUUUCAUCAGUUUUUCUUUUGUUUUAUCAUUGAUCUUGAUGGAACAUCAGAAAAAUAUUUGUAUGUUAAACAUAAUGUAAUUUUGAUAAAUAUUUAAUAGAAGAGAAAAUUAAGACAGGAAAAUGUAUUAUCUUGCUGAAUAAUGUAAUUUUCAUGAAUGCUGGUGAAAUAUAAAAAUUGCUGUAGUGUUUACAAAAAUUAGAAGAUAAAAGAUGAUCAAGAAAACACAUUGCUAUUAGUUUCGAAUUUUGCGUUCUUAUUUGAAAUGUACGACAAAUUAUGAAAAUUUCUUCAUCAUAAUAAUACUACAUUUAAAGAUAUUGGGUAACUGUAAUAAACGUGAUUAUGUCUCCCACCACACAGUGGUGUGGGAGACGUAUUGAUUUACUCCUGUCUGUCUGUCUGUGUGUGUCUGUCUGUCACAAAGCUUGUCCGCACUCUUUAAGUCGAACAUUUCUCAUCCAAUCUUCACCAAACUUGAACAAAAUAUGUUUGCCAAUAAGUCCUCGGCCAAGUUCGAUAACUAGCCAAAUUGGCCCAGGCACUUGGGAAUUAUGGCCUUUAAAACUUGCGUUUGAUAAUCAAAGCACUGAAAGUCUGAUAAGGCAGUUGAGGUCUUGGUGUUUGGUUGACUCAUGUACUACUAUUCAGAUGAUUAGGCAGUUGUGGGAGACGUGCGCUUUUCUCAAAAGCAGCUCUAGCUGAUAACAUGUUUUUCAGUGAAUUAUCAAAAUACUAGAGUGAAAUAUAUUUGAUAUUUUCAGUGAAGAAUAUCAAAUAUAUUUUUCUCUCUGGUAAGAAAUUAUAAAAAUGGGUAAAUUUUGUUAAGACAUGAAAUAAAAAGAAAAUAUGUUCGUUUUAAAUGUAAGAUUAAAAUAUCUUCCAUGCAUGAACACCAUAAUCUUACAUUUUCACUUAUGGCUUUGCCACUCAUGAAAAUAUUACAUCUGGUGAUCAAUUGUGAAAGAUAUUACAAUCUUACAGUGAAACAAACAAAUAUCCUUUAUAUGUUCUUGCUCCAAAUAUACAGAAAUAUGUGUAUAUGUAAAAAAAAUGAAUUCAUUGAAAACACUGAAAGUUGUUUUUAGGAGAAAUGUUUCAAUUUGCAUUUUAUUUAAUUGAGACUUUCUGACUCAAGAGGCAAUUUUUUAUACAUUUUUUGUCAGUGAAAUAGUACAAGACUGAUUGAAUUCACUUUUAGUUUUAAAUUAAUGAAUGUCUGUUCUUGAGAGGUUGUUGUAUAAGAUGUAUAUUCAUUUGACAGGAAUAUGCUGAGAGCCAAGUGCCAAAUAGUUGUAACUAAGUAUUGAUAAGGUGUCCGCAGCUCAGCUAGGACUUUGUGGGGUUUGAAUCACACUAUUUCACAACUACAUACCCCAGCACUGGAUAUGUAGGACCAACACAUGAAAAUGUCAUAAUUAAUGUUAUUAUUUUGUGAUUAUUAUUUAUAUGAGCUGCACCAUGAGAAAACCAACAUAGUGCAUUUGCGACCAACAUGGAUCCAGACCAGCCUGCGCAGGCUAGUCUGGAUCCAUGCUGGUCGCAAACGCACUAUGUUGGUUUUCUCAUGGCGUGGCUCAUAUGAUAUUUCUGUUUUGUUAAUUUUUGUUCUACAAGUAUCUUUUACAGACUUAGAUUUUUAUACUUUGUGUUCAAGGUUGUGACUUUUAUGGAAUAUGAAUUAUAAUUAUGCAUGUUUUACGGGUUGAGAUGAAUUUAAAACUUCUUGAUAAAUUUACAUCAGAUUCCAAAAAUAUAAAAAUUUAGAAUAGACUUGCCCUCUCUUGAAGAAUUUGUGUAAAUUACUGUUUUGUGACUCAUUAGCCAUUAAACACGUAUUGUAUGGCAUUGAGGUCCAUACACAUGUUUAUAGACUUGAAAGUGAAGCCAAAAAUCUUUAAUGAUUCAUAAUUCGUAAUAUCCUUUUCUGUCUUGCUGUCCAGUAACUUGCAUAUUGACCUAGAUGUCAUGUGAUACUUGUUAUAUUAUACAAAAUAGAUAUUGUGUUUUAUCAUAUUGUUUAAGGUAUGGAGAAGUUUUUAUUUCUCCACCUUGGAUUGUAGAACUGGUUCUGUCUUUUUACGAAGGCUUCAACAAUCAUAAAAUAAAAUCAUAAUAGUCAUAGUUAUGACAAUCUUCAUAAUGAUGCUGAAAAUAGCAUCUGUGUCACUUUUUGGAUUUGAAAUUUACCAACUUCAGGACACUUUGGUAUAAUAGUUUAAUGCCAUUGCUCGGUAUUUGCCACGAGUGCAGGAAAUUGCUUUACUUUAUUAUUUUGUCUUCAUGUCAUUUGCUGUAACUGUUAGAUAAUCAGAUUUAUUCAUUCAUUCUCAAUUGAAUGGUCUUCCAGUCUGUUAUUGGUAGUGACUGGUUUGAUUUCACUUAAUGUUAGUUGUUGUAACAUGUUAGUAUUAAAAGACUAGUUGUACUGUUUUCACAGUUAUUGAUCUGGCUCUAUGUUCACAAAACAUUUUCAGUCUCAGCUGAAUUUUAGACUGAAAAUUUGUUAGCUAAUUUUACUAGAACAUGUAUAUUUAGUUUGAUUCAUAUAUAUAUUUAGUUACACUUAGCUCGGAGGAAGAGUAGGUAUAUUGUUUGGCUGAUGUCAGUCUGUCUAUCUGUCUGUUUGUAGAUUACCUGUAUUGUUUUGGGGUCAUGAUGUCACAGGAACCUUGUGGUUUCUGAUCAAUAAUAGGAGAUUGCUUUGGCCUAUGACCACUAAAUUGUACAGCAUGUUUGUCUAUGGUCAUUGUAAUUGGGUCAUCAAGUCUAAGGUCAAUGUUACAGCAUACCUGAGACUGAAAAUAACACACACAAGUACCUCCUGACCACCGGAGAGGAGCUUAUGUUCUUUAUAGUUUAGUUCUUUACUUGGUUUUAAAGUCAGUAAUAGUGCUGGUUAUAGAAAAUAGUAUCAGAUUGUAUAUGUAGUUAUGAAUCCACUGUAUAGGGGUUUAGGAAAUGCACCAAAUAGGUAGGAUACAUGGCUUGUAGGGAAAUGCACAGCAGGUUACCCCUUUUAUGAUUUAAAUUAAACACAUGCAUUACAUGGUAAAUAUACAACAAUGUAAAAUGUUUAAUAAAAAAACAUAGAUUGGCUAUAUCUAAGUGUAUCAUUAUUAAGUGUGAAAUGAAACAGCAGGAAUGAAACUGAAUCAUACAACGAAACAUAGUGAAUGUAAAAUACCUUCCAGUCUUAAAUAAUAGUUGAAUUUAGAAACUGUGCAUCUCUUUUUUUUAAAGUAAAAUCUUACCUGCAGAUUACUAUGGUCAGUUUUAAUUUUAUACAGAUAGUUACAAAAUGAUGGAGGAGGUGAAAGGGUCAUCAUCUGCCAUUAAAAUCUGGAAGGGUGAUAAAGAAUUGUUAAACUGUAGCAUCUGAAACAGAAUAUAUCAGCUAUGGAAUGCAGAUUGCACUGGUCAUUGUUAUUGUAGAAUAAUGCUUCAUUUAUGGUUUAGAAUUAGAAAUUUCCUGUUUUUAGCUCACCUGUCACAAAGUGACAAGGUGAGCUUUUGUGAUCGCGCGGUGUCCGUCGUCCGUGCGUGCGUGCGUGCGUCCGUAAACUUUUGCUUGUGACCACUCUAGAGGUCACAUUUUUCAUGGGAUCUUUAUGAAAGUUGGUCAGAAUGUUCAUUUUGAUGAUAUCUAGGUCAAGUUCGAAACUGGGUCACGUGCCAUCAAUAACUAGGUCAGUAGGUCUAAAAAUAGAAAAACCUUGUGACCUCUCUAGAGGCCAUAUAUUUCACAAGAUCUUCAUGAAAAUUGGUCAGAAUGUUCACCUUGAUGAUAUCUAGGUCAAGUUUGAAACUGGGUCACGUGCCCUCAAAAACUAGGUCAGUAGGUCUAAAAAUAGAAAAACCUUGUGACCUCUCUAGAGGCCAUAUAUUUCACAAGAUCUUCAUGAAAAUUGGUCAGAACGUUCACCUUGAUGAUAUCUAGGUCAAGUUAGAAAGUGGGUCACGUGCCAUCAAAAACUAGGUCAGUAGGUCAAAUAAUAGAAAAACCUUGUGACCUCUCUAAAGGCCAUAUUUUUCAUGGGAUCUGUAUGAAAGUUGGUCUGAAUGUUCAUCUUGAUGAUAUCUAGGUCAAGUUCGAAACUGGGUCAUGUGCAGUCAAAAACUAGGUCAGUAGGUCUAAAAAUAGAAAAACCUUGUGACCUCUCUAGAGGCCAUAUAUUUCAUGAGAUCUUCAUGAAAAUUGGUCAGAAUGUUCACCUUGAUAAUAUCUAGGUCAAGUUUGAAAGUGGGUCACGUGCCUUCAAAAAGCAGGUCAGUAGGUCAGAUAAUGAAAAAACGUUGUGACCUCUCUAGAGGCCAUAUUUGUACCCCCCGACAACAAAGUUGUAAGGGGGGGUAUACUGGUUUCAGGUUGUCUGUCUGUCUGUCCGUCUGUCCGUAGACGCAAUCUUGUGCGCACCAUCUCUCCUUAUCCCCUUGACAGAAUUUAAUGAAACUUCACACAAGUGAUCAGUAACAACAGUAGUUGUGCAUGGGGCACGUUAGGUUCUUUUAGAAAAAAAAAUUCCAGAGUUAUGGGACUUUGUUUUUUUGUUACUAUACUAUAUACAUAGACACAAUCUUGUGCGCACCAUCUCUCCUUAUCCCCUUGACAGAAUUUAAUGAAACUUCACACAAAUGAUCAGUACCAACAGUAGUUGUGCAUGGGGCAUGUUAGGUUCUUUUAGAAAAAAAAAAUUCCAGAGUUAUGGGACUUUGUUUUUUUGUUACUAUACUAUAUACAUAGACACAAUCUUGUGCGCACCAUCUCUCCUCAUCCCCUUGACAGAAUUUAAUAAAACUUCACACAAGUGAUCAGUAACAACAGUAGUUGUGCAUGGGGCAUGUUAGGUUCUUUCAGAAAAAGAAAAUUGCAUAGUUAUGGGACUUUGUUUUUUUGUUAGCUCACCUGUCACAAAGUGACAAGGUGAGCUUUUGUGAUCGCGCGGUGUCCGUCGUCCGUCGUCCGUCCGUGCGUCCGUCCGUGCGUGCGUCCGUAAACUUUUGCUUGUGACCACUCUAGAGGCCAUAUAUUUCACAAGAUCUUCAUGAAAAUUGGUUAGAAUGUUCACCUUGAUGAUAUCUAGGUCAAGUUCGAAACUGGGUCACGUGGGGUCAAACACUAGGUCAGUAGGUCUAAAAAUAGAAAAACCUUGUGACCUCUCUAGAGGCCAUAUUUUUCAUGAGAUCUUCAUGAAUAUUGGUCAGAAUGUUCACCUUGAUGAUAUCUAGGUCAAGUUCGAAACUGGGUCACGUAGGGUCAAAAACUAGGUCAUAAGGUCUAAAAAUAGAAAAACCUUGUGACCUCUCUAGAGGCCAUAUUUCUCAAUGCAUCUUCAUGAAAAUUGGUCAGAAUGUUCAUCUUGAUGAUAUCUAGGUCAAGUUCGAAACUGGGUCACGUGGGGUUAAAAACUAGGUCAGUAGAUCUAAAAAUAGAAAAACCUUGUGACCUCUCUAGAGGCCAUAUUUUUCAUGAGAUCUUCAUGAAUAUUGGUCAGAAUGUUCACCUUGAUGAUAUCUAGGUCAAGUUCGAAACUGGGUCAUUUGGGGUCAAAAACUAGGUCAGUAGAUCUAAAAAUAGAAAAACCUUGUUACCUCUCUAGUGGCCAUAUUUCUCAAUGGAUCUUCAUGAAAAUUAGUCAGAAUAUUCACCUUGAUGAUAUCUAGGUCAGGUUCGAAACUGGGUCAUGUGCGGUCAAAAACUAGGUCAGUAGGUCUAAAAAUAGGAAAACCUUGUGACCUCUCUAGAGGCGAUAUUUUUCAAUGGAUCUUCAUGAAAAUUGGUCAGAAUGUUUACCUUGAAGAUCUCUAGGUCAAGUUCGAAACUGGGUCACGUGGGGUUAAAAACUAGGUCAGUAGAUGUAAAAAUAGAAAAACCUUGUGACCUCUCUAGAGGCCAUAUUUUUCAUGAGAUCUUCAUGAAUAUUGGUCAGAAUGUUCACCUUGAUAAUAUCUAGGUCAAGUUCGGAACUGGGUCACGUAGGGUCAAAAACUAGGUCAUAAGGUCUAAAAAUAGAAAAACCUUGUGACCUCUCUAGAGGCCAUAUUUCUCAAUGCAUCUUCAUGAAAAUUGGUCAGAAUGUUCAUCUUGAUGAUAUCUAGGUCAAGUUCGAAACUGGGUCACGUGGGGUUAAAAACUAGGUCAGUAGAUCUAAAAUAGAAAAACCUUGUGACCUCUCUAGAGGCCAUAUUUUUCAUGAGAUCUUCAUGAAUAUUGGUCAGAAUGUUCACCUUGAUGAUAUCUAGGUCAAGUUCGAAACUGGGUCAGUGGGGUCAAAAACUAGGUCAGUAGAUCUAAAAAUAGAAAAACCUUGUUACCUCUCUAGUGGCCAUAUUUCUCAAUGGAUCUUUAUGAAAAUUAGUCAGAAUAUUCACCUUGAUGAUAUCUAGGUCAGGUUCGAAACUGGGUCAUGUGCGGUCAAAAACUAGGUCAGUAGGUCUAAAAAUAGGAAAACCUUGUGACCUCUCUAGAGGCGAUAUUUUUCAAUGGAUCUUCAUGAAAAUUGGUCAGAAUGUUUACCUUGAAGAUAUCUAGGUCAAGUUCGAAACUGGGUCACGUGGGGUUAAAAACUAGGUCAGUAGAUCUAAAAAUAGAAAAACCUUGUGACCUUUCUAGAGGCCAUAUUUUUCAUGAGAUCUUCAUGAAUAUUGGUCAGAAUGUUCAUCUUGAUGAUAUCUAGGUCAAGUUCGAAACUGGGUCACGUGGGGUCAAAAACUAGGUCAGUAGGUCUAAAAAUAGAAAAACCUUGUGACCUCUCUAGAGGCCAUAUUUCUCAAUGCAUCUUCAUGAAAAUUGGUGAGAAUGUUCAGCUUGUUGAUAUCUAGGUCAGGUUCGUAAUUGGGUCAUGUGCGGUCAAAAACUAGGUCAGUAGGUCGAAAAAUAGAAAAACCUUGUGACCUCUCUAGAGGCCAUAUUUUUCACGAGAUCUUUAUGAAAAUUGGUGAGAAUGUUCACCUUGAUGAUAUCUAGGUCAAGUUUAAAAGUGGGUCACGUGCCUUCAAAAACUAGGUCAUUAGGUUGAAUAAUAGAAAAACCUUGUGACCUCUCUAGACGCCAUAUUUUUCAAUGGAUCUUCAUGAAAAUUGGUCAGAAUUUUUUAUCUUGAUGAUAUCUAGGUCACAUGUGCUCAAAAACUAGGUCACUAUGUCAAAUAAUAGAAAUAACGAUGUCAUACUCAGUUGAACACUGGGUCAUGUGGAGAUAAGUGAGCGAUUCAGGACCAUCAUGGUCCUCUUGUUACUAUACUAUAUACAUAGACACAAUCUUGUGCGCACCAUCUCUCCUCAUCCUCUUGACACAAUUUAAUGAAACUUUCACACAAGUGAUCAGUAACAACAGUAGUUGUGCAUGGGGCAUGUUAGGUUCUUUCAGCGACAAAAAUUGCAGAGUUAUUGGACUUUGUUUCUUGUUAACAUACUAUGUACAUACAGUCUGCAUAUGCAAUUUUGCGCGUGCCUAAUCUACCAAACCCUUGCACACAAUUUAAUGAAACUUCACACAAGUGAUCAGUACCAACCCUAGUUGUGCAUGGUGCAUGUUACAUUCUUUUAGAUAUAUAUUCUGCAUAGUUAUGGGACUUUGUUUUGUUUUUUGUUACUAUACUGUAUACAUACAGUCUAUAUAUACAUACAGUCCACAUAAUUAUGCAAUCUUGUGUGCGUCAAAUUGCAAUGUACUGUGUCGGUGCAUGCGGGGGGGGGGGGGGGGGAUACAUUCAUCACCUUUAGUGAUAGCUCUAGUUUUCAUGGGAUCUGUAUGAAAGUUGGUCUGAAUGUUUAUCUUGAUGAUAUAUAGGUCAAGUUUGAAACUGGGUCAACUGCGAUCAAAAACUAGGUCAGUAGGUCUUAAAAUAGAAAAACCUUGUGACCUCUCUAGAGGCCAUACCCUUGAAUGGAUCUUCAUGAAAAUUGGUCAGAAUGUUCACCUUGAUGAUUUCUAGGUCAAGUUUGAAACUGGGUCACGUGCCUUAAAAAACUAGAUCAGUAGGUCAAAUAAUAAAAAAACCUUGUGACCUCUCUAGAGGCCAUACUUUUCAUGGGAUCUGUAUGAAAGUUGGUCUGAAUGUUCAUCUUGAUGAUAUCUAGGUCAAGUUUGAAACUGGGUCAACUGUGGUCAAAAACUAGGUCAGUAGGUCUAAAAUUAUUAAAAUCUUUUGACCUCUCUAGAGGCCAUAUUUUUCAAUGGAUCUUCAUGAAAAUUGAUCUGAAUGUUCACCUUGAUGAUAUCUAUGUCAGUUUCGAAACUGGGUCACGUGCGGUCAAAAACUAGGCCAGUAGGUAUAAAAAUAGAAAAGCCUUGUGACCUCUUUAGAGGCCGUAUUUUUCAUGAGAUCUUCAUCAAAAUUACUGAGAAUGUUCACCUUGAUGAUAUCUAGGUAAAGUUCAAAACAGGGUCACGUACCUUCGAAAACUAGGUCAAUAGGUCAAAUAAUAGAAAAACCUUGUGACCUCUCUAGAGACCAUAUUUUUCAAUGGAUCUUCAUGAAAAUUGGUCAGAAUUUUUAUCUUGAUAAUAUCUAGGUCAAGUUCGAAACUGGGUCACAUGAGCUCAAAAACUAGGUCACUAUGUCAAAUAAUAGAAAAAACGACGUCAUACUCAAAACUGGGUCAUGUGGGAAGAGGUGAGCGAUUCAGGACCAUCAUAGUCCUCUUGUUAUGUUCAUAAUUUGAGCCAUGCCAUGAGAAAACCAACAUAGUGGGUUUGCGACCAGCAUGGAUCCAGACCAGCCUGCGCAUCCACGCAGUCUGGUCAGAAUCCAUGCUGUUCGCUUUUAAAGCCUAUUGGAAUUGGAGAAACUGUUAGCGAACAGCAUGGAUCCUGACCAGACUGCGCGGAUGCGCAGGCUGGUCUGGAUCCAUGCUGGUCGCAAACCCACUAUGUUGGUUUUCUCAUGGCACGGCUCAUUUUCAUUUCUUUGCUACUUUUACAAUAAUGUUGUUGUAUUACAGUGUUGUUCAAGUUUUGUUUAUGUAUUAUAUAGUUAUUUAUAGUUUAGUUUUUAGUACAAGACAGUCUUUCACAUCGUAUGUAGUUCAUUUCACAUUAUGAUUGUAUUGUUGUUGAUUUUUAAUGAAAUUGAUUAUGGAAUAAUCUUUCUAGCAGAAGUAGGUUUCAUAUUUUUCAUGGGUAAAUUGCCAUAUCAGUAUACAAGAUGAAAAUAAAAGUUGAACAUA